AUGCCAGUCCACCGCUGGCUGAAUACUGAUCCACAAGUGACAGUUAAUCUUGUGCACAAGCCAGCUAUGGGCUGCGCUGCCAGUAGGCGGUCCAACUGUAGGAAGGACCUCAAGUUGCCUGGAGCAAACCUAACCUUCUCGCAGAGUCAGCUUGCUUCCCUCAACACCUACCUCGCUGGCCUCGUUGACAACACAGAUAGUUACAUUAGAGAACCUAGUGUCGAAAGAAGCCUGGUGAUCAUCGAACGACUCAUUCAGCGGCUGAUAUGCGGAGUUGGAGUUUUGGACAGUCGCUUCGCCUCCAAAUUUCUUGUCAAUUUCGAACCCCACAAACUCGGCAAGAAGCCAGGGACCAGCUUGAGCUAUUUAGUGCGCCUUGAUGAGCUCUCCUUCCCCCAACUAUAUCCUGAAGAUGAGGGAACCACCUGUCACCUUGUGGAACCUGAGGGUGGACCCCAAGGAUUUGGUAGGCUGAGGCUGUCUGGACCUGGUGCUGAAAGGUGGGCAGAGUUCAUAGGCAGUCAUGGCUAUCUCAGAAGAGAUAAGGUACAAGAAAGAUUUGUUGAACUUCUGGCUCAGUCAGCUGCCAAAAGUGGACUUGCUAACUCUCCCAGCGAACUAGAUGAUAGUCGAAUUUGUGCUGCACCUGGUAAAAUAGUUGAUGCCUCUCAUCUUCACUAUAUAUUACAGUUGCCACCUGGAAGACAAGUUUUUUAUGGAACCGGUGAGAGCCAAAAGAAAUUUCCAGACCCAAGAGAUUUCAGGAUAGCCAUUGUCGAGGGAUGUUCUUGUGUCCGGUUAAGGGUAGACAUGGCAUAUGCCGGAAAUGUUGGAGUAGAAACUGACAUAGAGGUUACUCUUGUUUUGGGGAUCGGAUUUUCUUCUUGGCCAAGUAGUGCUCAGUUUCCAGCCAGGAUCAGCCUUUGUCACAGCGAAUGUCUUCUUUAUCACCAAGCAGCUUCUACAGGUUUUUAUGCUGUGCCUGCACCACCACACCCUACUUUACGUUGCGAGGACCGAGGAACUGCUUGGCAGUUGAGGGCACCUGCUGCAGAACAGACACUCCUCAAACACCAUUCUGCUCAGAGUGUUCCCUCAAGAACUCUUGCCAUUCUUAGGGCUCUACUGCAUGAGAUACGAUCGACUUCUAGUGGAGGUCAUGUCAUCAGCGACUAUAUGCUUAAAACUCUUUUGUGGUAUAGACUGGAAGAAUCAACAAGUUUAGAAGAAUGGAGCCAUGAUAUGUUGUCAACCCAUGUCUUGGUUAUUGCAGAUAGGUUAAUAUCUGCACUGAGGACUCAGCGGCAACCUUCUUAUUUCUUUCCAUGGUUCAAUGUAAUGCUCAAUUCGCCUGGAGGAGGUACACUCCACUAUACAGAAGAAGACUACAGCCAUGAUGCUGAAUUGCUCACUUACACCCUGAUUAGACUUGGUGAAAUCACUGCUCCUGAUUUGGUGCCUGAAGAGAGAGAACCUCGACGACGGAUGGAGGCAGCUCUUGUUAGUAAAUGGGAAUCUCUCCUCGUAUCUCUAGCACCACCUCCAGCAACAAGGGGAGUUCGCUUCUCAUUUUAUCCUUUGUCGUCUGCAGGAUAUUCAACUGUUGCAGCUUCUCAAUACUCAGUCAGGCAACUCAACUACAUUGGUCUCCUCUUACGAUCUAUGUUAGUUGUACGAUCUUUAACUUUGUCUAAGAAUAAUAUUUUGACAUCCUGUUUUGAAGAAAAAAUUAAGUAUGAUGGCAGUUCAGAAGACCUAAUAUAUCUUGUGUCAUCAAUAUUGGAACAAGCAAAACAUGCCUAUUUCCGCACAGCGGGUGUAAAAAAAUCACUGUCUGCUCCUUAUGAUCAAUCAGCUGCUCAACUUCUGGAAGAGAUUCGGAAAAGUGGCACUCAUGUCGACACAUCAGAUGACAAUGCAGUUGUUCGAGAAGUUUUGAAAUGGCUUUAUUUUGGACUCGAUCGACAGAAGAAAAGGCUUGGACCCGUACUCAGGCCUUAUCUGAACAAUCUUUUCUCUGCUUCUCAUGAAAACUCCUGGUUUGCUCCAGAGUGGUUGAGGCGGCAAUCAACUGAGGAACUAGGAGCUUUAGGAGAAUUUGCUCAUCUUGUGAUUACUGGAAAGAUACCAGCCAAUGAAGGCAUUCUUGAUGCUGAAAACAAAGGCUGGAAUUGGGCAGAAAAAAUUAUUAGGACAAGUUCCGAACUGGCAGACCCGCUAGAGUUGGUGUUCACUCCAGGACCUGGUAAGGUUGUGAGACUGACUGCCAAUGGAACUCAGCUUGCAGCUAGGAGCCUCACCAAGAGUAGGGGAAAAGCGACUCUUCCCAGGAAACUUCCUCCACUAAGAGAAUGUUUGAAGACCAGACUGCAACGAAAUACCGAUGAUGAUGAACUGUUGACCAACUCCCACAGCAUUCUUCGCAACACAAGCCCUCUCUCUUUGGCACUGGAGGAAAUGCACCGAUAUGGCACCCAAAGGGGACUUGGUAGCAUAGUUCAAGCCCUUUUGUCCCUCAGAAAGUUCUCGAUAUUGCAGGAGGUCUGCUGCCUGUUGCCUGAUGAAGAACGAUGUCGAGCUUUGGAGGAAAUAGAAGGAGUCAGGCGUGCACGGCCAAGGCGUGCUGCCACUGUAAGAGGUCCCCCGCAGCCUGGUUCUUUGAUGGGUACCUGUCGUGCUCUUAGAGCAAGAAAUCAUGUCUCAGUAUUUAACCCUGCUUUUUUCAGUUCUCCAGAGACUGAAGCAGUGUCCCCAUUGUACAACAAAAACAAUAACCGAGGCCUCAGCUCCGAAAUGUCUCAUAUUGACAGGAAUACAAGGAUAUGGCAUCACAGGAGAAGUGAUAUCACUACUCAACUUUAGCAGACCAGAAGUACUUUCAAACUCACUAGUCACUAUUUUUUGUAACCAAAGGUACAAUUGGAACAGAACUGUUACCUGAAGGGAUUUAAUCUCUGUUUUCAUAAGAAUUUGAUUGUUUUAAAAUUACUUAUAGAAGGGGAAAAUUAAUUUUAAGAUAGAUAUAGUUGUUUUUAUUGUAUUGUUUGUAUAUUAUGUUAUUGUAAUGUCUCAAAUAAAUGCAAAUUUUCUCA